GCUGUCAUUGAAGUGGAUGACCAAAACUGUAUUGGACAAUGAAAGUCAUCCACUUUUGUGAGGUAUUUACUGACUCACAAAAGUGGAUGAUUUUGAGUUAUAUAAGUGGAUUAACGAAUUUGCAGUGAGCUCAGAGCUUCUCUCAUUGCGAUCAGCCAUGUGCGUUCUCGGUGGAUGACUGACAGGCUAGGCCAAUCACAAGCAAGUCGUAAGAGGGCGCAUUAACACAGCAAGUUUUGUCUCGGUGCGAAAGCUGGUUGUCAUAUGACUACUAAACUUUCUCCUCUGGUUCUGAAAUAAACCUCAUUGUGUUUGGCAUGGGUUUUUACCUAUACUGUAUGAUUUUGACGCAGUUUCAAUGAAAAAUGAGGAGCUUGUUAGAAAAUCACUUGCCCACGGGUACAACUUUGGGAAAGAAGGUGAGGUAGUUUGACAUAAAAGGAAAAAUUAAAAAGACUGGAGCUAUACUAUUGUGCUCCACGGCAUGGCGGUUCGAAUGGCGCAAGAAUCAGGUCUCUAGCUCGUAAGGCAAAAAACUAGAUAGCGUUUUGCUACGAGUCACUUCUUUGAAGCUUGCUCAGAAACGGACUUUUUUUGCACAAACGAUGACGCAAGAGAAAAACUUCGAAAGCUCAUGCGUAGAUGUAGUUUGAUCUGCUGAAUCCGAAAAAGAACAUUUCAGAGCUCCGAAAUGAAAUGGAAAAGAACUAGACUAGUUUCCACUGAAAGGCCUGUUUUUCGCAGUUUUUCGGUACCUCUCAGUAUUCUGUGAUUUUGACCGAAAAGGUAAGCUUUUUUUGAGAAACCAAAGUCGCCACUGGAUUCAGCGGACUCUCUUCUGUCGGAAUACAUGUAAAGAAAAGAAAUCUGGGCACUUGCUCGAAGUUUGCAUUGGCCGCACCUUAUUAAAGAUUCAAUAAACUUUGGUAAAUAUUUUUUCAAAACUGGAGUACGAUUUAAUAAUUCUGACAUAAUUGAUUGUUUGCUUAUUUCAACUGAAUUAUUGUUGACGAUCAUGUCGUUACAGCCAUUGACUAUUUUAGCUUCGUUACACCAUUGAUUCAGUGUGAGAUUUUUUGCUUGUAAAUCGACUGUUGGUUUAACAAUACUAUGGAUAACAGUUGUACAUAUACUUAAAAGAGAUGAUUUUUCAUUGCCUAUAUUAUAGAUUCUGGAAAUGGUCUGGUUGUUAUCAAAUGAUGACUCUAUAUCCCCAUCUGGUACUUCAUUUUCGAUUUUCCCUUAUUUUUUGUACCAUCGAUUUAUGGUUUUGUAACUUCCACUCGAUUGUGUUUGACUUAAUAUUGUUGAUGGCAGUUUUGAACCAGUUAAUGUAUGUAUCAUCGGUGAUGAUACAUUACAGCCUAUUUCGGUGAUGAUACAUUACAGCCUAUCAUCGGUAAAUGAGAAUGACAUAAUACAAAACCCAUUUACUCCAGAAUAAAUUAAUUCAUAAAUUUUACAUGUUCUGUAAUUGAUACGUUGUGCAGUAUUACCGUCGAUUGUAUUUAAAUCAUCAUUGUUGUUUAAUAAUUGUCGAAGAAAUGAAGAAACAGAAUUUGGAAUAUAUUUUAAAAAUAUGGCAACAGCUAAUGUGCCUAACGCUCGUGGUGUUGUAUUGAAUAAUGGUGUGCAUAGAAUAUCAUCAUUUUCACAUUUUAUUUUGAUGUUCUCGCUAAAAGACGAAAUAACUUCAAUUCUUGCUCAGUGUAUAAUGAAUUGGUUUUUAAUUAGCGGCAACACUCCUCACAUAUUAAAUCAAUUGCACCGUUUAAUUUAUUUGUUUCAUCUUGUUGUGUUUUAUCAUUAUGAUUUCUGACCUUCAUUUCACAGUCAUUAUCAUUGUACAAUCUUCUUUGUUUUGGUGGUUAUGGCAAUGAUAAUUCAUUUAUUAUAUCUUGUAUUUGAUUUAUACACAGGUGACAUAAAAACGAACAAUUAAUUUUUUGUUCAGUCAUGUAACAUUUUUCACAAUUCAAGCAUGGUAUCUUAUAUACUAAUUUCUUUUUCUUUUCUGAUUCAUCUAGUCCUUUUUGGAUGGGUAGAAAUACACUUUUGAUUGUAAAAGUUUUUCUGAAGCAUACAUUAAUUUCUAUAAGCGGUAGAAGUUUUUCACAUAUUCGUUUAAUUCUAUGAGCUAAUAUGGUUGAUUCUCGACCAUAAUAGGAGAGAACAAAGUAAGCUUUUUUCUUUUUUGACGAUUGUUGUGUUUGCUGUUGUUUAGAUAUCAUUCUUUUAGUGAUUAUUUCUCCUUCACGCAUGCCCCUUUUAAUUAAGUGUUGUGGAUAACCAUUCAUUGUUAAGGUUUCUUUCAUUAAUUUAAGUUCAUUAUUCUUUAAUUCAUCUGUUGAACAAAUUAGAAGUAUGCGAAUGACUAACGUUCGAAUUAAACCUAAUUUAUAUUCUCUGCAUUGAUUACUUUCAUAUAGUACGUACAGAUUGGUAUUGGUAGGUUUUCUGUACAACGUGGUAUGAUAUUUAUUAUUUAUAUAUAAUGCUAAGCAUACUAAUAAAGAAAAACAUACAUUUGAUUUUACACGAUGUGAGACUCUAGCUCUUGAAACAAAUUGGCGAAAAAGAAUUAUCAAAGAAAGUCUAUUUACACACCAAAUGAAAGGAAAAGCCUUAAAUGACGUAAAGUUUAAAUUAAACAUCUUUGCAUAAAACUAUUACAAACUUAUCAAUUAGGAGUCAGAUUAUUAGCUCUUGUCUAUCUAUUUCUUUUUCUUCUUCUUUUGAUGUACUAUCAAUUAGUGAUCACAUUAAUAGCUUUUUCUUGUUCCUUCUCUAUCUAUACUCUAUUAAUUAGCACUCUUACUAUAUAUAGAGAGAUUGUAUUUCACUUUUCUGUUUUUCCUGAUGAUGAUAAGUGUCUCUUAUCGAAAGCUUGAAUAAACCAUAAAUUGAUUUUUGUUAAAAAUCUAUUAUGUUUUUUGUAGCAGUGUUAUACUCAAUAAUUUCUAAAUUUAUUUCUACUGCUCCACCUUCAAAUUAUUUAUCAACUAACUUCUUUCUUAAAUAAUGUCACAUGUGAAGGCGUUGAUGUUGCAACGGUGAUGGAAGGAUCAACAAGUAUUUGCUUUGUUUAUAGUGGUUAGGGUCCUCAAUCAGGUCAUCCACAUUAGACGUUCAGCGUAAGCGGAUAAAGAAUUGAUAGAACGACAAAAUAUCGACAUAUGAAAGAUGAGUGGACGCGGAAAAGAACACACUCAAAAUAACGUUUUGUAUGAAAUCGUGAUAUUUGAGCCGUCGAAACUGGAAGCGGAGUAUGAUUGAAACUUUUGUCGAUAGAGGAUGAAGUGGAUAUGCACUUAUCCUUUUUUCAUUUUUUUCUCACUUCGAGCACAACACGAAGUUCAGAGUAGACAGAAGAAAUUUGAGCCGGUAGAAAUGUAGAGUGAACAUUUUUCUACUUACAAAAUUCGGUGUCUGCGAGAUCUGUGCGAUGUAUAGUUUACAUUGUACACUACAUUUAUUAGGCGCCCUACCCGAUUCGGAUCGAUGCUUUAAUAGGAGUGCACGCCAAAGAUUGAUCAUUUAUUUUAAAUCCAACAAAACUUAACUAACAGAGGAAACAAAUAUUAUUCAUUUUUGACAUUCUUUAUUGAUAUUCCCUAUGGUGGGCAAUGGGUAGACAAUUGUACAAAUCAGAGCGAAUAUUUCAACGAUGGAUCAAUAAAAUUGAUCGUGAAUUGAACAGAAGUGAACAGUUGAAUGGUCACUAGUGGAUGAAUUAAUCUACGUACAAGAUGAUGUACACUCACGUAUUAACGAUACAAAUAUUGCUCAACCAACCCUGUUUGCUUUACAAGUUGCUUUAACUGCACUUUGGAUAUCAUGGGGUGUUUAUCUUCAGGUGAUUGUGGGACAUUCAGCUGGAGAAAUAGCAGCUGUUUAUGUUAAAGGUAGAGUAACGUUGACGGAAGCCUGUCAAAUUAUUUAUCAUCGCUCACUACUUCCACAUUGUAAUACAAGACAAAAUGGCCGGAUGUUGGCUGUGGCAAUGAGUAUCAAAGAAGCUCAAGACUUAAUUGAAGGUAUUAAUGAUUAUAUUUGUAUUGCUGCUCAUAAUAGUCCUCGAUCGAUAACAUUAAGUGGUGAUGAAAAGAUUUUAGAAAAUUUAUAUGAAAUACUUAAUGUUUUACAUCCGAAAAUAUUUAAAUCGUGGUUGAAAAUAGAAAAUGCGUUUCACAGUCAUCAAAUGGAACUGUUUAAUAUUCAACAGGAUUUAAUGAAAUCCCUAAAACAUAUCAAAAGCGAUAAUGUAACAGAUGAGAAUAAUAAAUUUGAUUUAAAAUGUUCACAAGCUAUACUGUAUCCAACUGUUAGUGGAACUCUAUGUGACGAAACGGUCAAAUUUAAUAGUGAUUAUUGGUGGGCAAAUGUCCAUUCCAUGGUUCAAUUUGAUAAAGCCAUAGAAACAAUUCUCAGUGAUUCACCGGUUAAUCAGAUUUAUUUAGAAAUAUCACCACAUCCUGUUUUGUGUACAUCAAUUCGAGAAUAUAUAGAUCAAUUCAAACAUAAGUCAGUUAUAGUUUUGCAUUCACUUAAACGUAAAGAAAAUGAACAACAAGAUUCUUUGCCACUGUACACAUUCAAUAACACUGUUUAUUGGUAUGAAUCACCUGAAUCUUGUGUUGACCGUCGAAGUCAACGGAAACAACAUCAUCCACUCUUAGGUGCACGUUUAUGGACUCGUCAAAAAAAUCCAACAUGGGCAAUUAUAAUUGAUAUUAAUUUACCAAACUUUGCAUAUCUACUUGAUCAUCGAAUACAAGGAAAUAUAUUUUUUCCAGCAUCUGGUUUUAUAGAAGUAGCUCUAGCAGCUGUCGGUCAAUUGCUAUUAUUAUCUUCAACAGCAACAUCAGUCGCAUUUGAAAAUGUACAAUUUUUGCAACCAUGUGUAUUGAAUAAAGAUGAACCAAUAGAAAUUCAUACACAAAUUCAAAUGCCAUUUCGACAAUUUUUUAUUUAUAGUCGUCGUUAUCCUUCAACUAAAGAUGUAUCAAGAAAAAGUGGUAUAUCAGCAACAGAUAUAUUAAAAGAUUAUACCGAUGAAGAGGAACUACAUUCAUAUUCAUUAAAAGAAUGGACAUUGCAUUGA